AUGGAGCGGCGUGGACAGGUGGAGGUGUUCAGGCUGCUGCUGGUCUGCUGGCUGGUAGUCGGGCCGGCACUGGCCCAGGUCCGCCACCCUCUGCCCGUGCUGUGGAUGAUGCCUGUCAGCUCUGGGCCUGGGGGGGAGAACCUGACCGCCGCCGUGGCCCCGGCUGUCCGACUGGCUCUGCAGGACCUGAAGAGACAACCGCCACCGCUGGGGAACUACGAGAUCCAGCUCCAGCUGCUGGACUCACAGUGUGACCCUGCUAAAUCACUCAAAGCUCUGUUUGACGCCAUGUGGGCGGGGCCAAAGUACCUGCUGGUGUUCGGAGGGGUGUGUCCAUCUGCGACGGCGCUCAUCGCUCGCUCUCUGCCUGCUCUCAACCUGCUGCAGGUGUCCUUUGCGGCGGCGUCCCCCAGCCUGUCCAACAGGAAGUGGUACGGGAACCUGUUCAGCACGGUGCCGUCAGACCGAGCUCUGAACCAGGCCACGGUGAAGCUGCUGCAGCGCUACAAGUGGACCAGAGUCGGUAUCAUCACACAGGACCGACCCCGACUCUCAGAGAUGAAGAAGGAUCUGAUGAGGCAGCUGCUGAAGGCUGGUGUUCAGGUUGUUUCCACAGAGAGUUUCUCUGAAGACGUCUGCAGCAGUUUGAGGAGGCUGAAGGAAAAUGACGUCCGAAUCAUCAUUGGACAGUUUGAAGAGGAAUCUGCCUCUGAGGUCUUCUGCUGUGCCUACAGGCUGAACAUGUUCGGAGCUCGGUACCAGUGGGUGGUUGGUGAUGGAGGAACAUCUGGAUGGAGGCUUGGCUGGCACGUGUCUGGCUGCACGGCCAACAGUCUGCUGACGGCUGCAGACGGAUCCAUCAGGCUGCAGAUGAGACAGAUCAGCAACACAAACACAGCAGGAGUCUCCGGACGGACGCCUCAGGAUUACCAGGACUCCUACCUCAGAGAGCUCAUCCAGGAGGGGUCAAAGGUCAGCCCCCUCCAUGCCUAUGCCUACGACGCCGUGUGGGUGGCUGCCAGAGCUCUCAGCCAGGUGAUGGAGACUGUGAAGCACAGAGAGAAGUACAGCAGCCAGAGAAACGUGAGCGUCAGUGAAGAGGAGGUUCAGAGGAUGCUGCUGGAGGCCGUGAGGCAGACGCAGUUUGAAGGAGUCACAGGUCCAGUUGUCUUUAGAAAUGGGGAGAGGAUGACAUCGAUCGAGCUGAUCCAGUUUCAAGGCAGCAGCGGUGUGUUGGUCGGAGACUUCAGUACUUCCACCCAGCAGCUGCGACUGAUGAAACAGCUGCUGAAAUUUAAAGGUCCAGGACCAGCCAGAGACCAGACUCUGGUCCUGGUGCAGUGGCAGCAUGUCGGCCUCCUCCUGUACAGCCUGGUGUCGUCAGCUGCAGCUGUGACCAUCUUCAUCACUCUGACCGUCCUCAUCUUCACUGUGACCAACCAUAAACACCGGCUGCUGAGGUCAAGCAGUGGAUCCCUGGACGAGCUGCUGCUGCUGGGCGUCCUUCUCUCCUCCUCCUCCGUCCUCAUCUCCGGUCUGGACGGAGCCUCGCUGUCCGAGCAGACUGUUGACAUCCUCUGCUCUGUUCGUCUGUGGACACUCUCCGUGGGACACACUGUGGGCUUCGCUGUGCUGUUCACCAAAACAUGGAGGGUUUAUUCUCUCUGCUGCAGCGUCAAACAGACGCAGCAGCAGCAGCAGAGUCGUGUGGUGCUCUGGAUGUUCCUGCUGGAUGUGUUCGUUUUAAUCACCUGGCAGAUCCUGGACCCUCUCAGACGGGUGGUGUUGCAGCAUAGCUUACAGAGAGAGACUGCUGAUCAGGAUGUUCUCGUCCGGUCGUACUCUGAACACUGCAGCAGCACCAACAUGGAGCUGUGGCUCACUGCUGUCUAUGGAUACAAAGCACCUCUGCUGGGUCUUGGAUGUUUCUUGGCCUGGAGCAUCAGGACUGUGCAGGUGGAUCACCCUGCUGUCAGCAGCAAACACCUGGCUCUGAGUAUGUUCACUGUGACCGUGUUCAGUGUGUCAGGAGUGUCAGGAUCACUGCUGACGUCCCACAAUCCUCCUGUUCACUUCUGUCUGACCAGCGCCCUCAUCCUCUGCUGUAACAUCUUCACCCUGAGCUGGAUGUUUGGACCAAAGUUCUUGCACGUGUGUUUGAGCAGCAGCGAGCCGCAGCAGCCGUCAGAGCUGCAGGGUGAAGCUGUAGAGGAAGAAGAGGAGGAGGAGGAGAAGAUAAGGCUGAGCAGGUUAAAUCAGCAGCUGAGGAGUCAAACUGCUCAGCUCGAUGUAGAAAUAGAAACCAUCACCAUGCAACUGUGUGAAAUGUCUGAGCCAGCUGCUCCUGAGCUGAAGCUUCACCACACGACCAGAGGACAAAACAACGCAGGUGAGGGGAGAUCUGUGACGUGGACUCAUGCAGCUCAGGUUUGUCCUCAGGACAGAAACUCAGGGAGGAAACCUUCAAGUCCAGACGGCAUCAACUCUCCUGAACACGUGCGGCGCCGUCUGUCCGUGCAGCUGCCGAUCCUCCAUCAUUCCUACCUUCCUGCCGUUGGUGGCGUCAGCGCCAGCAGCUCCAGUUUGUUUGGCAGCCAGGACGUCUUCGUCCACAGCGAUGACAACUUCCUGUUCACCUGACGCCACACAACUGGCGCCAUGUUACUGCUGAACAGAACAAACGGCGGUCGACCUUCAUCUGUGACUGACUGUUCUGAACCAGAGGAUUCUGGUCCUGAUAUAUGGGACCAUCUGUACACACAGUAGUACACGUUCACACCCAGAGUUAAUCUAAC